AUGAGUAGAAGCGCCCACGAGGUAGAGAGCCUAGCUGCAGUACUCCGUCGCUUGUACAGAAGGGGACUACCAAAUCCUCGGUGUUGGGCAGAAUUGCCACUACAUCGUCAACAAGUGUUCGGGAGCCGAGCCAAGGUCAAUCUAGACGGCCUUGUCAACAAGUGGCAAAACACACUGAAUGGGAAGCUCUCUGGUGAGGAUGCCUGCGGAAAAAGAAUCAUCGUUAUGGCCGGUGCUGGUAUAUCUGUAUCUGCGGGAAUCCCCGACUUCAGAACGCCUGGUUCGGGCCUCUAUUACAAUCUUCAGUCGUACAAGCUUGGUCGGCCUGAGGAUAUGUUUUCGAUGGACUUUUUUAAGAAGAACCCAUAUCCUUUUUAUCAUUUUGCUAAGCAUCUUUGGCCGACCGGACAGCACAGGCCGACACCGACACAUUACUUUGUUCGCCUCUUACAAGAAAAGGGACUUCUGCACCGGAUGUACACCCAGAACAUCGAUGGUUUAGAACGCCUCGCGGGGGUAAAGGAUGAGAAUCUCGUUGAAGCCCAUGGGACGUUCUCUACGGCAAGUUGUAUAAAGUGCAGAGCCGUGGUUGAUCCAAUACAGGUGAGAGAUGCUAUACUGGCUGGCAACGUCCCGGUUAUGUGCGACGUGUGUUCCUCUAAUACAAAGUUCGACCCCAGCAUAGUAGCUCAAGAUGUCGGGCUCAUCAAGCCUGACAUUGUUUUCUUCGGCGAAUCCUUACCUCGGAGAUUCCACACGCUUAUGCAGAGUGACUUUGAGACCUGCGAUUUGCUCAUCGUUAUGGGUACUUCUUUGAAGGUGGCGCCCUUCAAUCGGCUUGUAUCUGACGUGCCCGACACGACUGUUCGCUUGCUAGUGAAUCGAGAGAAGCAACCAGGAGCCGGCUCUGAUCCUAUGGUCUUCGAUGGUGACUGUGCUUAUCGGGAUAUUUGGAUGGAAUCUGAUUGUGACUCUGGUGUUGAGAAGAUUGUUGAUAUGAUGGGUUGGCGCAGAGAGUUCGAUGACCUUUUGAAAGAGCGCGAGAAAGUUGUUGAUAUCACCAAGCCGACUCCUGCUCCUACUGUUGCCGCAUCUGCUUCUGAUACGUCUACUGACCAUACCAUGACGAGUGGUGGAAGCUCUUCUGGCGAGCCCGCAGACGAUCGAGUUAUGGCUUCUUCUGGCCGCAUGCGCAAGGUGAAGUUCUAUGAUAUGAAGACUGGACAAGGAGUUGAUCCUGGUCGCUUUGCCUCGGUAUUGGCUACUAAUGCUACCCCAAAGCAACGAACUGAGUAUCAAGCACGAGUAGUGGAGAAGCAAAAACAAUCAGCUCGAUCUAGGAUUCAAAAGGCGAUGUAUGGUGGUGGUCGGCGAGAUCUUGAAGAGGCUCUGAAGGCUGGUAAAGAGGCCGGCCUGACUCGAUGGGAGCUGGAGCCUGGCCAGGAGGUGUUGAAGCAUCUUGAUGAGAAACUGCCCAAGAUGAGGGCGUCGGUCCCGGACACCCUAACUGAAAAGGAUACUAGAAGGUUCCAGUCAGCUGCUGCGAGAAUGGCUCAAGAAGUAGUAGUAGUGGUUUUGGGUCUUCGUACCGUGUUGGGAUAUAAGCUCAUCGCAGGAGUUUGCUGA